AUGUCGACGCUCCCUUUCGACAAUAGACGCUGGGAGCGCAAGAACUCGCAAAGCUGGCGAAAGCCUCGGAUCGCUGCUCAGCGGUCACGGCGACCCCUAUUCUUCAUCGUCGCGACCAUCAUCUGCUUCAUUGUCUGGCAUCAUUCCCAUUCAACAUCUUUGUCACCGCAUCGGCAAACGUUCGUCCAGCAGGAACCCGAUCCGUUCUCCUCGCGAGACAGGAGAUCAGUCCAGGAUGACUCCGACUGGUCCCCGGCGCAAGAGCAGGUCAUAGACCCAGGAUUCCAGACAAACCUCAUCAAAGAGGAGAGGCCCCAGCUGGCUGAAGGGACGGUUGUCACCGAUGAGGAUGGAGAGACACAGUUCGCGGACAAUGUUGUCAUCCGUCAGCAGAGUAAUCGGGGACAGCACGGGGACGGGCUCCCAUCUGGCCCUGAGGUCCUGUUGAUACCUGGAGAUGGGUCUGAGGACGUUGGCAUGGAGCCACAGUUCGCUGAUGUGCCAACCGAUCGCCUUCACAAGGGACCGGUGGCGGUACAGGCCAACUUGGACCCAGAGACGGAGAAGGCGGCCUUGAUCUCGUCGCCAGAUCAGCCAGUCAAGGAGAAGAUCAUCGAAGCAGAACCCAUCGACCAUCUUUCACUGGAAGAAAAGGCGGACAGUCUGCCUGAAAUCGUCCAUAUUCCAUUCGAAGACGCUGUCAAGGAUGAAGUCUUGCACGGAUGGGAGGAUGAUUGGGUCGCUCACGCGUCAUACGAUGUCAAGAAAUGGGGGAAGCUUGCCGAGCCGAAGAUUGAUUUCGUAUAUUUGUGGGUCAAUGGUUCGGACGAGGCCUUCCAGAGGACCAAGUAUCCCUACGAAUUGAACUCGGUUCUCAACGACGAGGAAGGGAAGUGGAUCAACUCCCAUGGCAUCAACCGUUAUCGAGACUGGGAUGAGCUGCGAUAUUCACUUCGAAGUCUUGAGCGUUAUGCCUCGAAAUUCCGCAACAAGAUCCAAAUUGUGGUGAAUUCUGUCCAAGGCACAGAGGCAGGAAAACAGAUACCCAACUGGUUGAACGACGACCCGGCCACGAAGGAAGUGGUGCAAGUCCUUGCUCAAGAAGAAUUCUUCGACAUUGAAAAGCACGCGUGCUUACCGACCUUCAACUCCCUGACCAUUGAGAACCAGCUGUUCAACACACCCUCGGACACGGAUUAUUUGUACGCCUUGUCUGAUGAUAUGCUGCUGGGGAAGGAGCACAGUGCUGCCGACAUUCAUUCCCCAUUGUUUGGCUCCGUGAUGGGGUUCAAGACCAACUCAUACAGUGCCACAGCACCCCCAACCGAAGUUGACGCCCAUCGAUUCGGUGAGAAGCCAUUCCUCAUCUAUACCUCCUGGCUCCUCAAUCGACGGUUCGGGAUCCGAAAGCGUAAAGGGCAAGGUCAUUUCGGGCACGCCUUGUCACGCAACAUCAUGCGUGAGGCCAUCUCUUCAUUCCCGGGUCCUGAACUGCAGAGCGCUUGCAAACGUUUCCGAGGCGAACCUGGGUUCCAGUUGUACUCGUGGUACGUGACCUUCCACUACCUGAUUGAACGUCACCGUGAAGCAUUGCUUUGGAGCUAUAUCAUGCUUCGAAGCGACGUGGAUGGGGACGGGAACUUGUCUUGGGAUGAGAGACAAACGAUCAUGCAAGAUCUGGAAGCCGGAAUGAAGAACGAGGGACGAACGACGUUCCGAAAGCGAAACUACUAUCACGUACCUCAGUUGCUCCAGAAGGCCGGGCUGGCCCCUCCGAAGGUCAACACGGACAUCUUAUGGACAUCUCUUGAUGGACCAGCUGCCAUACAGAACGCCGACUGUAUAGAGUUCGACGUCAACGAGUGUUUGGCCCCCGGAUUCUCAGUCUCCUCCACCGAUGCUCGCACCAGGAACCCAGUCUUUUCAACCGCCGUCGUAUUUGAUCGGUUGGCUCGACAAGAACCGAAAUGCGGAGACUGUCUGUUGAAGUUGAUCCUCAACAAGACUCCCAAGGGUCUGGCACCCUUGCUGCCGCGAGCUGGCACCCAAGACGCACAACGCGAACUGGUGCUGAAGGCUGUGAUGCGAUAUCGAUAUAGCAUCAUCAACCCAGAUGCUUUGUUUGUCAUGGUGACGGAUGCUGAGCAGGUCGACAGCACCCUUGUCAGCCGGUAUGUUCGGGCAAGGAAAGAACUGGCGGGUCAAUUGUGUCUGAACGACGACGUUUCCACCAACGACCCCCAAGAGCUUGCGGAUGUGAAGCAGGCCAUGACUGAACUCUACGAGGGAUUGUUCCCAGACCCAAGCCCGUUCGAGAAGUGA